AAGAGUCAAAAUCUCUAGAGGAUGAGAGAUAUUUUAGACCAAAAUUAGCGGGAGAAUCCUCAGUUGUUUCACUCCGAUCCGAUCAUGGCUUUCGCUGUCUCGGUUCAGUCACAUUUCGCAAUCAGAGACUUAAAACGAGACCAGUUCAAGAAGAACCCAUCUCCGCGUACUUCCUGCUCGUGUUUUAAAUCGAGGUCUGACUCGUCUUACCUAAGUUUAAAGGAACGUACUUGCUUGGUUUCCAAGCUGGGUUUAGUCACUACUAGAUACAGAGCUAAAUUCCAGGUCGGAGCUGGGACGGGAGGAGAGUUAGCCGACGGUGGAGAAGUAGCUGAUUCGAUUGCUUCUGAUGCAUUAGAGUCAUUUUCUUGGUCUUCCGUGAUACUCCCGUUUAUCUUCCCGGCUUUGGGAGGACUAUUGUUCGGGUAUGACAUUGGGGCCACCUCCGGUGCUACGCUCUCACUUCAGUCACCUGUGCUUAGCGGAACUACAUGGUUUAACUUCUCACCUGUUCAGCUAGGACUUGUGGUUAGCGGAUCAUUAUAUGGAGCCCUUCUUGGCUCAAUUUCUGUCUAUGGCGUUGCUGAUUUCCUUGGAAGAAGGCGGGAACUUAUUAUAGCUGCUGUUCUCUAUCUCCUCGGGUCUCUGAUUACUGGCUGUGCCCCUGAUCUUAAUAUUCUCUUAGUUGGAAGGCUUCUUUAUGGCUUUGGUAUUGGUUUGGCAAUGCAUGGGGCUCCCCUCUAUAUUGCUGAGACAUGCCCAUCUCAAAUCCGUGGAACUUUGAUAUCUCUGAAAGAACUCUUCAUCGUAUUGGGAAUUUUGUUGGGUUUUUCUGUUGGAAGCUUCCAGAUUGAUGUAGUUGGAGGGUGGCGUUACAUGUAUGGAUUUGGUACGCCUGUUGCUUUGCUGAUGGGACUAGGCAUGUGGAGUCUCCCUGCAUCUCCUCGCUGGUUGCUGCUUAGAGCUGUCCAAGGUAAAGGGCAAUUACAAGAGUACAAAGAGAAGGCCAUGCUUGCCCUCAGCAAAUUACGUGGCAGACCUCCAGGUGAUAAAAUUUCGGAGAAGUUAGUAGAUGAUGCCUAUUUAUCUGUGAAAACGGCCUAUGAAGAUGAGAAAUCUGGGGGAAACUUCCUGGAAGUAUUCCAAGGGCCUAAUUUGAAAGCUUUGACAAUUGGCGGAGGUUUAGUCCUCUUCCAACAGAUAACUGGACAGCCUAGUGUUCUUUAUUAUGCGGGUUCGAUUCUUCAGACUGCUGGAUUCUCUGCUGCUGCUGAUGCAACUCGAGUCUCUGUUAUUAUUGGUGUUUUCAAGUUACUGAUGACAUGGGUAGCUGUUGCGAAAGUUGAUGAUCUCGGCAGACGACCUUUACUGAUUGGAGGUGUCAGCGGCAUUGCGUUGUCCUUGUUUCUACUGUCAGCAUACUACAAGUUUCUCGGAGGCUUUCCCCUUGUCGCCGUUGGUGCACUGCUUCUCUAUGUUGGUUGUUACCAGAUCUCAUUUGGACCCAUCAGCUGGCUAAUGGUGUCAGAGAUUUUCCCGCUUCGCACAAGAGGGAGAGGGAUCAGUCUUGCUGUUCUUACAAACUUUGGCUCCAAUGCUAUUGUGACCUUUGCAUUUUCACCCUUAAAGGAAUUUCUUGGAGCCGAGAAUCUUUUCCUUCUCUUUGGGGGCAUAGCACUAGUAUCACUGCUGUUUGUGAUACUAGUAGUUCCAGAAACCAAGGGUCUCAGCUUGGAAGAAAUUGAAUCAAAAAUUUUGAAGUGAAAUGUUGAAAAAACAUGUUUGUUAUAGUUAAUUCUGGUGAAAUUCAUGUAUAUUGAUUUAACUAUUCUCUUUGUAACAUAACAUAUUUCAUACUCUAUGGGAAAACCAUACCUUUUCAUGAUUA